UGGUCAGCUUGACGCUCGGUGCUGCAUCCUGUGCAGCGACAGGGAAGAAGACGGUCAGGUUUAUACUUCUCCAAAUGCCACCGGACACCGAACACGGCCUCGGACCGGACGGACGGGCAGCGGGACGGGGACACACCGGGAACAUGGCGGCGGGAACAACGACCUGAUCGGUAUCGUAACGACGAUAAAUCAGAGGAACGACGCGGCUGACUGGAUCCCGUGCAGAAAGCUCACAAUGUCGUCCAAUUAGGCGAUGAGGGGAAACCUGAAGGCAGCAGUCUGUUUCUAAGCAGCAACAACAGCAACACAGCGUGCGGCACCACACACCAUGGGAUACAAGAUCCCCGGGGCGGCGAUGGACCGAGUGAGCCUGCUGUGGCGUCUGAGGCGUCGGGCCCGCCGUGGAGUGCUCUGCAUGGCCUUCUUCUGCAUCUCCAUGGCUCUGCUCUACGCUAUCUGUGCUGAAAACAGCGUUCCCGUCACUGAUGCCAUCUUCGGGGUCCGGGCACGAACCCGGGCUCAGCCACGUACACACUCUGUCAUCAAGGUGCUGCGAGGCGGAGCCAAGCCCAUGUACAGUGACCCUCAGAAGCUUCCUGGGGUCGUCCCAGGUGACCCUCACCGUCCAAUCCCUGUCCUGUCCUCUCCAAACCACACCCAGGAAACCGGGGACUCCUUGUCAAAGCGAAAGCAGAGAGAGCAGGAGCCCUCGGGGUUUUUGUCUCAUCUGCUUCCGCGCCCCUUCACACGUGCGCUGGAGUCCCUGUUCGGAGGCCGGCGGAGGGGGGAGCUGAGUGGAAGGCGGGGGGGCGCAGAGUUCUUUGGGCCUCACGGGCUUUUGGGAGAGGUGUGGGAUGACGAGAUGUCCAGCAGCAUGCUGGGAAGCAGACUGAGGAAAGUGGUGCAGAAUUAUCAGGCGAUGAAUAAGUAUGGAGUCGAGUUCUCCGGGCCUGGUGGUGUGUCCAGCAGGCCCAAGUUGAGUGGCCCCAAGCUUCUCUGCCAACUUAAGGACAAGGUAGAGGUCAUGACUCUGACCUCUGACCUCCAGCCCUUCUUGUCACUGCCCUGGGCCUCCCAGCUGCCACCGAAGCAGCUGACCUCUGACCUCGGACCAUACAAGAGCUGUGCGGUGGUGUCGUCAGCAGGGUCGCUCCGCAACUCUGGACUUGGCAAAGAGAUCGAUUCACAUGAUGCUGUGCUGCGUUUCAACGCCGCGCCCACCACCGGGUACGAGAAGGACGUUGGUUGUAAAACCACCAUCCGCCUCAUCAACUCACAGGUGAUGGCGUCCGAUGACCAUCGUUUCCUGUCCAGCUCUCUGUACAGCUCAGGUGCUCUGGUAGCCUGGGACCCCGCCCCCUUCUCUGCUAACCUCACUCAGAAGGCUAAAAACCACUAUGUGCCCCCCGCUCUGCAGUGGUACAACAAGACAGACUAUCCCAUCUUCACCCAGUACCAGAGAUACAGGAGGCUUCAUCCCAUGCAGCCGUUCUACAUCCUGCAUCCUCGCUUUGAGUGGCAGGUCUGGCAGCGAAUACAAGACAACAUGGCCGAGCCCAUCCAGAGGAACCCACCCUCAUCCGGCCUUCUCGGCACCAUCCUGAUGAUGUCGCUGUGCGAGGUGGUGCACGUUUACGAGUUCCUGCCAUCCCGGAGGAAGACAGAGCUCUGCCAUUAUUACCAGCGUUUCUUCGACGCCGCCUGCACGCUCGGCGCCUACCACCCUCUGCUGUACGAGAAGAACCUGGUGAAACGGAUGAACCAGGGGUCCGACCGCGACAUCUACACACAUGGACGUGUCACGCUGCCUGGGUUCAGCAAGCUGAACUGCACCCAGGCUGCUGGAGAUGGACCGAACCACUGACUGGAAAAUACAGAAGCAGUGAAGCAAAAAUGCACAUACACUCAACCCGAAGCGAGUCCUGCAUGAAGACACGUAACAAUGAGGACAGAUGCAUGAAAACUUCAUACUCACUGCCGUACCUAAAGCCACUCACUAUAAAUAUUAUAUGUUAUUAUUGUUAUAGACUGUAAACAAUGGAAAACACACAUUUCUUUUUCAUAGCACACCCACACACACUGAUAGAUGUGCCUGCUGUUCACGUAUACAUAUCCUUAUGAGGACAUUCCACUGAUAAGGUUUAUCCCCGAGCCCUUAAAGGACCAUACCACUGCUUUUUUAAAGGUUUUAGCCAGUUAUUAAAAAAUCAUGUACGCUUGAUUACACUCAAUCAUACUUGAUAAAUGGUGUUUAAGUAAAAUCCAUUAGCCAAGUAUUUUCCAAAGCAAAUCCCACAACAAGACAAAAACCAAACCUCUCAAAACAUUCUGACUUCCUGUCUGUGGCUCUCAGCUCUAAGCCCAUUGGUUCCAACUGAAGGUGUAAACCUUUACAAACAGCUCGAACAUAUAUAGUUGAAUCUUUAUAAAAGACUCAAAACAGGAGGCAAUAGUGCAUGUGUUGGGGGCUAUUUCUAGCAGCGAAUUAAUCCACAUGUGGCGCUCUAAUGAGUAAGGAUGGGUAUUAAACAGGCACCAGUGCUACAUUUUUAAAGGAGACCUAUUAUACUGCUUUUCCAGUCCUAUAUUGUAGUUCUGUGACUCCUGUAUGGCAGCUUUGCAUGAUUUAAAGUUAAAAAAAAUAUAUUUUCUGUCUUAUACUGUCCCUUCAUGUAGGCCUAAAUUUCAGCGUCUGUCUGAAACAAGCUGUAGAUGCUCCUGUCUCUUUAAGGCCCCUCCUCUCAAAGCCCACUCUCUUCUGAUUGGCCAAGACCUGAAGCAUGUUACCAGGCUGUUGUUGUUGCUGGGCAGAACAGGCAGACUGAGCGUUGCUGUGCGGUUGCCGUGGGAGCAAAUGACCAUACUGUAUAUGGAACAGCGGCUCAUCUGGCUCCGUGUGUCAAAGAUACAAAAAACCCCUAUAAAAUAUUAUUUUAGGUGUCAGCAAAUAGACUUUGAGCUUAAGGGGGACGUCUUACCCCACUCUACCCUACUUUAACCUCAUUAUUUGAAGCUUUGGCCAUGUGACCAUCCAACAUUUGUCAACAUCGUAGAUAAGUCAUAAAAUGUGGUUUAAAUACCGUAGAAUUAAUAAGCUACAACAUUAUCUAGUCUUUUACCGGUACUUUUUAACAUUUUAGUGUUAAUUUCUAACACGCUGCAGCCUCUCCUCAGCGGACGGCAGAGCAGAGAGGCUGCGGUGAAGCAACUCAAGUUCGACGACAACUAGUUCAAGUUCAAUACACCUGUUCAACAAGCAUGAACAUGUAGAAAGCGAUAUUUUAAUCUGCCGCAUAAGCACAGCGUACUAGCUUAGCUAACAAAACUGAAUUGUUACAAACAAGCUAAAACGAAAGCUGUCUGGUUGUAGUCUAACUGUUUAGAUUAGUUUGCCGCGCACCCUAAAAUUUGGCAAAUUCUUGUUAGCUUAGCUGCUGGCUGAGAGAAACCAGCUGGAGGAGGAAGGACUGACACUCACUGAUGUCUUCAGUCUUUCUAAACUUCACUCACUAUUUUGAUGUCAGGAAUAUAACUUCUUGUAUUGACAUUUUAGAUUUAGUUCCAGUGAGAUAUUAUUGAGCGCAGAGUUACAGCAGUAGUGAUGAAAAAGAGCCGAUAAGAGUGUUGACAAAGAAAAGAACCGGUAAGAAGUAUUAAUAAGAGGAACAGCAUCAAGUCUAAAAACAUGUGGCGUGCUUUGGAAACGUCAGUGAUAUGAACACGCACACAAUUUGUGGUUUAUUGGACUGAAACAUGUAAAUUCAACGGUAUGGUCCUUAACUCUAACUCUAAUCUUAAUUAUAACUGCUCCCAAGCGUUUCUUCUGACACAGAUGAGCCUCGCUCCAACCGAUGUUUGACCAGGAUUUAUUUGUUUCUUUUCACAAUUAAUCUUCUUUUGACCAGCAAACACCGUGAAAAACUGAAGUAAAAUAUUUACAAACACCGUCACUUUUGGUAUGAAAUAUAAUAUAAAUAUUAGCAGUUCAAAAUAAAAUAAUCACACACCGUCUGCGCCUUCUGCAAAGAGCCGUUACAAUCCCCCAAUCUGAUGCAACACAGUCUUGUGGAACUUUCUUUUCCUCCAAUUUAGCUUCUGAUAGCAGCUUAACGAUCAACUAUUCUUAAUUGAUCAUGUGAGCCCAGCAUGCGCUUCAUUUGUUAAACAGUAGGUGUCACUAUUACUCAAGAGAAACCAAAUUACACUUGAAAAAACAUAAUUCUGAACACAAUUACGCAGUAAACAAGUACCUUUUACUGCGACAGCAACAUUAAUCCUUAACUAAAGUCUAAACUGACCCGCUUAAAGAACAAAAUCGGCAGAAUGGACCUUAUAAAUUACAAAUGUCCUUACUACAAAGGUCUAAAUAGCAAAACAACAGCGCCAAGCUUACCUGUAUAGAAAGGGCCUUUGGGAUGUGUAUAUACUGUAACACAUAAGUCAUUCCACUGUGAGGCGCUGCUCUCACUCUUUCACUUCUCACUUUGACUUUUUAAACCAAAUCACAAAGCAGUUUUCCUUCUCAUUGUUCUUUGGAUUUGGCAGCAGUUUCACUUUGAGGUAUAUUUCAAGCUGCUCGACUGUCCUGAAAGGAGCUGUGGAGUCAUUUAGUUUUUUCUUUGUUUGAUGGUAGAGUUAACCAGAGUCUAGAUCAGUUUCUGGAUCAGUUUGUCACUGCAGAUACUGACCAGGAUUUAUUUGUUUCUUUUCACAAUUAAUCUUAUUUUGACCAGCAAACACCGUGAAAAACUGAAAAAACUGCUUCCCAUCCGACCAAUAUGAUUCAGCUCAGUUUGAAAUUAGCUUUGGGAGUUCAUAAAGACUUACAAUCAGCCUGUCAGUGUUAAUGAAAAAGACUUUGUGGAAUUAUUUCAUACUUUUACAAGCAGCAGGGUGUCUUGGCUGGAAGUCCGCAGUCUCCUCCAAAUGUACAUUUGUUUUCAGACUGUGGUGAAAGGGUCGUUUACUUACUGUGGUUGGCGGCAUUAAGUAGUGUCCUCGCCACACGAAGGAGCCACAGUACGCCCACGUAAAGCCACACAAAAAUAGGGCCGGGCAAUAAAACAAUAAUGAUAAUCAUCGCAAUAUAAUUUCCUCAAUAAAAAUAAAAUAAAUAAAUAUUCAGUAUAUCGUCGAUAAAUAUUUGUUUAAUUAAUUUGAAUCACGGAAAAAUUAGCACUUUAUUUUUCUAUUAAAGUAUUUAUUUUGUUGAGGAAAGGGGACUGAAAAAAGAUUUACUAAUCAUAGUUUAGAUUUUUCUAUCUCAGAUUUCUGAAGUGAUCCUCUGUUUGGCAUGAAGUGUUUGUCACAUUCUGACCAUAAAGAAAAGUUUAAACCACAUAAUUAACUUUCUGGUUUCUUCAAUUUUCACUCUGGAGCACAAAUCAGCCUUUAAACUCGAAAUAAAUAAUGAUUUGACAUUUAUCCUGAUAAUUAUCGAUAUCGAAUGAUAUGAAAUGUUUUUAUCGUGAUAACAUUUUUGGCCAUAUCGCCGCCCAGCCCUACACAAAAUCAGCUUUUACAAAAACUCGACUGGAAUCAUCUAAUAAUGCCAGGGUAUCUGCAGCAAUGCCAAGUUCUCAAAUUUAACUUACAGACGUCUUAAAGAUAUUUCUUGCCUACAUACAGGAACUGAAAUGUUCCUGUAUGUGGUCAUGAAGUCAGGAGACGUUAAACAACAAAAAAAAUUAAACGUGCGAUGGUUGUGACUGAUGAUGGAUAUAUAUUUUUUCACUUUAAAUGUCAAAAACAGCUGCUGUCCUUAACUUGUAGUCAUGUUUUGUCGAUUAAUAAAAAAACAAAAACAAUUUGACCUGCAGCUUGGAAAUAAGAUUGGUUGACUGUCUGGUUAACAUGUCAUUUACUCAUUUAGCUUACUCAUUUAUCCAAGCGACUUACAAUUGGGGCAGAGGUCCCACGCCUCUGGAGCAACUUGGGGUUAAGUGUCAUUGUUGUCACACAGUGGAUUCGAACCCGGGUCUCUCACACCAAAGGCAUGCGUCUUACCCACUGCACCAUCACCGCCAACAUGUAUUAUAAUAUAAGCUGUGAUCAAAUCACUCUUUAAAACACAUUCAAACACAGAUAUAUGUUACGUUAAUACGUUAAUCUAAAACUCAGUAGAGCUGAUCACAGAGAGCAGGAGUAGACUGGGGUGGUGAUGGAGCAGUGGAUAAGAUGCAUGCCUUUGGUGUGAGAGACCCGGGUUCGAAUCCACUGUGAGACGCCAUUGAGUCCCUGAGCAAGAUACUUAACCCCUCGUUGCUCCAGAGGUGUGCGACCGCUGAUGUAUAUAGCAAUUGUAAGUCGCUUUGGACAAGAGCGUCUGCUAAAUGUAAUGUAGACUGAACGCAGGUUUUACCAGCUCAGUUUUGUGUUUUGCCGUCUUAAGAGGGUCAAAGAAGACGACAUGUAGCCAUUUUCCUUUUGCUAAAUGUGGAUGAGAUCUUCAGAAAAAAGGAAUAGACACAACUUGUGUUCACAUAAACACGACAGUCUGAGAACAAACACAAAUCAAAAUAGGAAGUAAACAUACAAGAUACAACGUGUAAAUCAGAGGUUUGUAGCAGUCUGAAGGUGUAUUUUUCACCCUGCUGCUUGUGUUUUUGCUGUUAGGACACACAGACUCUACACUGGAUUCACAGAGAUGAAACUGAAAUCCAUCUCCUCAUCUGACUCUGGAGAAGAGAACAAGAGGAGUUCCCUAAAAUGUUGGAGUACGUAAAGUGCUCAGAGAGCUGGUAACCUCUUACCUUUAAUCCAGUAAAAACCUACAAGUUAAAAACUUUAGUACACACAUUGUCAUCCCUGUAACAACUUAUUCCCAAUCAUCUUUUUAUGAUUCUUAUGUACUGUAUAUAUUAUGGCCGUACUCCCCAGGAGCUCUUUCUGUGAUUCUGCGGCUCAGUUUAAUUUUUUGCAAACAUUCUUCUACAAACAUAAUUAUUCUUUAGUAGUUGUUCAAAGCAACACUGUGCUUAACUGCAACUUCUCCUGCGGGUAACUGAACAUGUUUUGGCUGCUAGUGCUGUAAUGUCCUGCUGAGGUAGCUGCUAGCUAAUGUAGAAGUGCUUCCUCAACAACUUGCAUGAAGGAAUUUGUGUUGGUAGUGCACAUAAAAAUUGGGCAACGUGUUAGUAGGUCUUUCUUUUUGUUUUAUGCAAUAUGUUUAUUAGUAACCAUAAAAUGUAUAUACCUAGAGUCAUGCCAUAUUCUUUAAAUUAAUUGUUUGCUGUUUUACUGGGAGUUAGAAAAGGACAUUAAUACCUCUUUCAUGUCUGUACACCAUUUAUGUAGCUGGAGCCAAAAGACAGUUAGCUUAGCUUAGCAUAAAGGCUGGAAGCAGGGGGAUACAGCUAGCCUAACACUGUCAAAGGGUAAAAGAAAAGGCUACCAGCUCCUCCGAAACAAAACAUGACAAGCUGUGUUUUUUAAGGGGGGUUAUGUGCUGGACUAUAUCUGCUUCCAGUCUUUAACUAAGCUGCUGGCUGCUUUCAUGGACAGAUUGUUGUAUUCACCUUCUCAUCUUGCCAAGAAAGCCACUAAGAGCGUUUCCCAACCUAAAUGAGUCUCAUACUGUAUUAACUCCACCUGAACAGAUGUGUUUUAGUCAGCUUAUAUCUUCCCCAUAGACGAGGUUUAUGCUUGGGAUGCACAGAAUGUUCACCACUGAAAUUUAUCGGACGAAAAUGGCAAAAAAAAAAAAAGCACUUUCUGUGUUCGGCCUAAUACGUCAAAAGGCAAAAGAAAUUUUACCGGAGAUUUACGUUCCACUCCAUCUGUGGCUGGCUUCUUAGAAACUAACCGCUUUGAGUGUUUCCAUCGCUCGUCUGUGAGAAGAUGAUUAAGUUAGCCGCACCUAAAUUUGGAGUGCACACGUAUUCCAGCCUUUAUGGUAAAUCAAACAGCCCAGAGCGAGCUGACAGGCAGGUUAAAGACUUUAUCCUGUCAGUUUGUCUCUUUACAAAGACAAGUGUUGCAGUAUGAGAGUCCUGCCUGAAGAGAGUCUGUGAAGUCUUCAUGUUACGCCGUACGAGAACCGCAUACAACAUUAUUUAUCAAACUGGGUCGGACUUGAAGAAUUUGAGGAGGAAACUAUGGCGUCUAUACAGGAUGGAAAUAAGAUUAAUUGGAUUAUAUUCACAGAAAGGAUAAAACAUAUUACAUGGGUCCAUUAAAAGUAAACGGACGCAACGGUAAAAUAAUUGGCAAAAUAAAUAUUUGGUAUUCGGCAAAUUUUUCAAUUUUUUUUUCGGUUUCGGCCAAGAAUUUUGGUGCAUCCCUACUUUAUGCUAGCACUACUAGCAUUAAACAAAAGUGGCAUAUAACAGCCAAUGAGCCAUUCCUCGUGGGUUAUGUGUGUAGUUUCAACCACAGGACAUAUGACAGCUUAGCUUAACGUUAGCACGUUAGUGUCGUCAUUCCGAACAUAUUAGCAUACUUAUGUUAGCAUUUAGCUCAAAUGCAGCUAGCAUGGUUGCAGACUUGUUCAAACACAAUUCCCAGAAAACAUUAUUGUUUUAUAUCCAGGACAUCACAGUGAUGAAGCUGCCAUGUGUAAUUUGCUGUAUGUAUUGUACCUAAUGUGACGCCAAAGGGGACAAACGCAAUCCACGGUGAACAUAAGGUGGUGGUUGAGAGUCAGCGAGGCCGAACGGCGAAUGGCGGCACGCCGAGUUUCACCUCUGAAUGAAUCACAGCUUGAGCAAGAAAGAAAAUGGCUCCGCUAUUGUUUUUGUAAUCAUUUCUGUUUCAUGUUUUUAACAGGACUUUAUUUUUUAUUCAGGAGGGAAACACUUGAAUAAUUGAUUGUCCUUGCAUUUCAGAGGAAAAGGAAUUUCUCCCUAUGCAGUCGCACUCUUGUCUCAACUCCUGCUUGUUUGAGUUGAGCCGUCAGUGAACGUCUGAGUGAAACUUUUUAGGAUUUAAUUUGUGCGUACAGAUGCACUUUCCCCUCUGCUUUGCCUUCUUCCUCUUGGUUUUCUGAGAGGGUUGAUUGUUACACUGUUGACUGUAGUUUCAUGUGGUUAAUUGUCUUCAUCAUUUCUUGAUUUAUUUUUUUCCCUGUUGUACUGGACUCAUUUCAUGUGUCUCAAACAUGCAAAGAACAUACAGUCAUGCAUGCAGUCCAGGCCAAUCUCCACAUCACUCCGCGUGUUUAUUGUUUAUACCACCAACAUCCAAAAUAGUUGAAACAGCCAAGUGUCUUCAGUUUCGAGAGUUUGUCAAUUGCACAUCCAUAAUUAAUUCUCCAGGAAUAAAGGUUCAUGUAAAUAA